AUGCACGUAAAAGAAAACGACAGCGUAAUUCUGUACACAGAUGAAGAGAACAUUGAAAUUGUUAAGCUAAAAGGAGAAGGUGGCUUCACAAACAAAAAAGGGACAUUUUUACAUAAGGAUAUAAUAGGAAAAACAUAUGGAAGUAAAAUAUAUGACUGUACAUGUAAAAGUUAUAUAUAUGUAUUGAAAAGAACACCAGAAUUAAUAAUAACAGGUUUGAAAAAAAAAACACAAACAUUAUAUGAACAUGACAUUUCGUUUAUCUGCUUACUAUGUAAUGCUUUGCCCAAUGCAAAAAUUAUUGAAGCAGGAACAGGAACUGGUUGUUUAACAUAUGCAUUAGCUAGUUGUGUGCUACCAAAUGGAAUUGUCCAUACAUUUGAAUAUAAUGAAGAAAGAUAUAGAGAAGUAAAAAGCGAAUUUGAAAAUUUUGAAGAUAUUAAAAAGAAUAUUAAGUUUCAUCAUAAGGAUGUUAUAAAUUAUACUUUUGAUGAAUUUACAUCUGGAGAAAUAGAUUCUGUUUUUCUAGAUAUGCCUAAUCCAUGGUUAUGUGUUCAUAAUGUAAAAAAUGUACUAAAGGAAAGAGGCACUUUUGUUAUUUUUCUACCUUGCAUUGAACAGGUUUACAAAAUUAUUGAUGCACUCGAACAAAACAAAUUCAGUGAAAUUGUAACCUACGAAUUGAUAAAUAAAUCUUGGGAAAUUAUAAUUAAUAAGCGUUCCAAACAAGAGACACAUUCUAAUGUACAUGCUUGUCAAGCUGCAAAUGCUGAUUUAGGAAAAGAUAAGGAUUUUCCUCAGCAGUCUUUUUUAAACCCAGUUUAUAGACUUCGGCAGAAGGAAAACAAAACGCACACUGGGUACUUGACCUUUGCAAAGAAACAGCUUAAUGAUGAGGAGGAACAAGUGGAUAUUGAAUUCAAGGGACUUUUGGAAUGA